GCUCGGCGUCGCCCCCUGCCGUGCAGGUGAGCGGCUGCAGCGACAAGUUAGCGACGCUUCGCCUUGUGCUCAUUCUGCCAGCUCGUCCGGGCGGCUGCAAGUGGCCAGUGGGGGCCCGGGGAUGUCCUGCUGCGGCCAGUACGAGGUGUCUGCCGCUGACGAGCCUCACAGGGAAUGGCGACCACAGAUCUACAGGAGAUGCACGGAUGUCCCUUGGCUUGUGAUCUUCUUUGUUUUCUGGGUCGGAAUGGUGUUUAUCGCUGGCUAUGCGGUGACCGUCGGUGCUGCAGAAAGGCUGAUCUUUGGCUAUGACAGCUACGGAAACAUUUGUGGACGGAAAAACUCUCCGAUUAAAGGGGCCUCUCUGUCCGGACAAGAUAUGACCAGCAGAAAACAUGUCUUCUUCCUGAACACCUGCAAAAUGGACUUCACGGACCAUAAAAUAAAUUCGCUGUCGAUUUGUGUAUCCAGUUGUCCUCAAGAGGAACUGAAUGGACUGGAGGAGAUAAAACAUUUUGCUCAGUACAAUGGCUCCUACUUGUGCCUGUACAACUUAAACAUUUCCGACUACACGGAGCCUUCGAAAGCAGCACACCUCUGCCCCACGUUACCUGUCCCCCCAAGCAAGUCGCUCCCUCUCUUCAAUCGCUGUGUCCCACAGACCCCAGCCUGCUACUCCCACUUCAUCCUGGCCCUUAUCCACAUGGUCAACGAGAGUGACUUCUUCCAACACAUCAUCAGUGGCAUCAUCAUGAGCAAGGAGUACAUUAUAGGACUUUGCUUUUUUGCAGUAGCUCUGGCCUUCAUUAUGGUGGCAGUCUUCAGAUAUAUCGCCGAACUCCUAGUUCAUAUCUUCAUCACGCUGGUAAUUUUUGGAUUGCUGUUUGUGUCGGGAGUACUAUGGUGGCUGUACUAUGACAAGUCGCAUGACCCCACCAUAAUCUUGGAGACAGAGAUGGAAAACACUAGAGCACUUCUGGGCUUCGCUAUUGUUGCAACCACCAUAUCGGUCAUCAUUAUAGUGCUGACGCUGGUGAUGCGGAAAAGGGUCAAUCUGACCAUUCAGUUGUUCCGGAUGGCCAGCAGCCUGAUCCAGGACGUCCCUCUGGUGCUCCUCCAACCACUCUGGACCUUCCUGAUCCUGGCGUUGUUCUGGACGUAUUGGGUGGCCGUGCUUCUAAGCCUGGGCACUGCAGGUAAUGCCUAUGUAAUCGCAGAUGACCAAGUUGAAUACAGAUCCGUGUAUGCCAUUCGCUACAUGUGGUGGUAUCACUUAAUCGGCCUGAUCUGGACCAGUGAGUUUCUGCUUGCCUGUCAGCAGAUGGCCAUCGCUGGAGCUGUGGUGUGUUGUUACUUCAACAGGGACAAGCAUAAUCUGCCCAGCUACCCAAUCCUCAGUUCUAUUUCGAGGUUCUUUAAUUACCAUCUGGGAACAGUUGCGAAGGGCUCGUUUAUAAUCACACUCGUCCGAAUUCCACGGAUUAUUCUUCUGUACGUUUACAGCAGUCUGAAGGGAAAGGAAAAUGCCUGUGCCAGGUGCCUGCUCAAGAGUUGCCAGUGCUGUCUGUGUUGCUGCGAAAAAUGUCUGCAGUAUUUGAACCAGAAUGCAUACAUUGCAACUGCGAUCAACGGGACAAAUUUCUGCACCUCCGCCAAAGAUGCUUUCCUUCUCAUUGUCAACAAUGCGCUGAAUGUAGCCACAAUCAACUGCUUUGGAGACUUCCUGUUGUUCCUUGGAAAGGUGUUCAUUGUGUGUUUCACAGUCUUUGGAGGACUCAUGGCAUUCAACUACACCCGUGACCUGAACUUCUGGGCAAUCCCUCUCAUAAUGGUGGCCUUUUUUGCCUAUUUGGUGGCCCAUUGCUUCCUGUCGGUGUUUGAGAUGGUGGUGGAUGUCUUGUUCGUGUGCUACGCCGUCGAUCUGGCCACUAACGAUGGGACUGCGGAGAAACCAUACUUCAUGGACAAGGAGCUAAUGAAAUUUAUAGGCAAAACCAACGAAAAAGCGAAGAGGAAAAGUGGGAGUAACAAAGCAAACGAGGAGAAUAACAGCUACGUGGCAGAACUGCAGCCAAUGGAUAGAGAUGCCACAUGAUGUGACUCCAGUGGACUGGAAAUAGGCCUUCAUCUUCCAUCAAAGCCUUAAUAUUUAAUAACCGCAAGCUAGAAGGUGGAGCCAUCCGUCAAGUUUGUCCGAAUGGCGUGAAUCAAGUGGAAGUAUUUUUCUAUAUUUAAGUAAAAAGGAUUAUCUGAUUUU